CGGAAAAGGAAAUAAGGAAGUCCAGCGGAAGUAGCAGCACACCGCUACACAACAACUCAAAGAUACAAGUAACAGACUAGACACUAUAUAAACACGUUUAUAGUCUUUUUUUUGUGAGUCUCGUGUUGUUUUGUUUAAGGAGGAGGUAAAGAAUAUUUGGAGUUCUUUCUUGGAUUUAAGAGAAACCGAAACUGGCCCCUCCGCUCCCCGUCACCAUGCCUGCUCUGUUGGAGAGACCGAAACUGUCCAACGCCAUGGCCAGAGCUUUACACAAACACAUCAUGAGGGAGAGAGAGCGCAAGAGACAAGAGGAGGAAGAAGUGGACAAAAUGAUGGAGCAGAAGAUGAAAGAGGAAGAAGAGAGGAAAAGGACAAAAGAGAUGGAGGAAAGAAUGUCACUGGAGGAAACAAAAGAGCAGGUUCAGAAGAUGGGUGAGAAACUGCAGGGUUUGCAAGAGGAGAAACAUCAGCUCUUCCUGCAACUGAAAAAAGUCCUUCAUGAAGAGGAGAAGCGCCGGAGAAAGGAGCAAAGUGAUAUUACGACCCUGACUUCAGCCAGUUACCAACCCAGUAUACCUCUGCACUCAGGACAGCACCUGCUCAGCUUGCAAGGUAGUCCUGUGAGCCACAGCAGGCCUGCAGGUCUGUUGGGAGAACGUGGAAAACAGUUGUUUCAGACACCUGGUAUCCCUGGCCGCCACUUCCCUGGUCAGUCUGCUUACGCUCCAGGCUCUACUGAGCAUGCUCAGUUUUCAGCCAGCUCUGCAGUUCAUGAGGCGUAUGCAGUCACGCAGGCUCAGCACCCUUCCACCUACGGCCCAGCUGCAUCUGUCCCCAUCAGCUUCUCAGGAACACAGAUCAGGGCUGGUGCUUCAGCUUUCCAGACCAUGCCCUACCUGCCCCAUCAGCCCCAGGGUUACGCUGUCCACAGCCACUUUGCUUCUCAGCCAGGAUUUCUGCCCAGUGCCAGUAUACCCCUUCAGAAGCAACUGGAACAUGCCAAUCAGCAGUCCGGCUUCACUGACUCGGGUGCCCUGAGGCCUGUGCAUGCACAGGCUCUACAUGUAAGUGCUGCAGGACUGCUGCCUACACCUUCACUGGCUGUUCAGAUUCCUACCGCAAAGGCCCCAUUUCAGAGCUCUCCUCAGCCAGCUCCCCGUCAUGCUUUCCUCUCCCACCCACAAGCUGGACAGAGAUUCUAUCACCAUAGCAAAUAACUAAAAGCAGACCAUGUAAAAAAAACAAAACAAAAAAAAAACAACUCAUGUGGCCAUUACCAAAUUGACCAUCACACUGGGUUAAUAAGGGUCAAAUAACCCUGUACAGGUCAGAUUUGGAUGACCUCUAAAUGUAAAUACACUUUUCAUGUAGAUAUUUUUGUGGCUUCUCUUAAAAACAUUACACAAGGGAAAGAUUUCAUUAAUGAAAUCACCCUUCUUCAUACUUUUUUCUUUUGUAUAAUGGAUACAGCUGUCAAAAUGACUAGAUCAUAGAUUUAAUACAUUUGUUUAAAUAUGAUAUGAAAUGUCUGAAAUAGAAACAGUCUUAGGAGUUUUGUUCAGACUGAAUAAA